GGGGUCCGGCCGGGCACUCGGCCAGCGGCGUAAACACGGCCGGGGCGCCGCGGCGGAGCAGAGCUCAGCAUGAUUGCUGUCCCAGGUCACUGGCUCAGCAGAUGUGGAUCGAAGGAAGGAGGCAUUUGACACACGUGGCUGGAGUCUCUUCAGGCCAGACCUAUCGUCCCGGACAGCACUACACUUCCUGGGGACUGUGACUUUUAAGUCUUGACACACCUGUGCAGGGCCCCUCCUGAGGCAGGGCCAUGCUCACGUUUAUGGCCUCUGACAGUGAGGACGACGUAUGUGACGAGCGGAUGUCUCUGAUGUCGACCGAGAGUCCCAUAGCACGUGGCCGCCAGGAAGCCAGGCAGAGCCUGGAAGAUGGCGAAAGUCCUGCUCUGUGGAGAGGCCACGAGAGUGAGGAGGAGCAGGAUGACCUUGACCACUACAUUGCCACUGGCAUCCCUGGGCGCCUCCCAGGCCUGGAGGAAGAGCUGACCCUCAAGUAUGGAGCAAAGCACGUGAUCAUGCUCUUCGUGCCCGUCACCCUGUGCAUGGUUGUGGUGGUGGCCACCAUCAAGUCAGUGCGCUUCUACACGGAGAAGAAUGGGCAGCUGGCAGCACCACCCGCCUAUCCCCCAGGCUCCCUCAGGGUGGGGACACCAGAGACGGCAGGAGGGAAUUCCGUAGCCCUGCCCUUCUCUCUCAGCAUCUACACCCCAUUCACCGAGGACACGCCCUCUGUGGGCCAGCGCCUGCUCAACUCUGUGCUCAACACCCUCAUCAUGAUCAGCGUCAUCGUGAUCAUGACCAUCUUCCUGGUCGUGCUCUAUAAGUACCGCUGCUACAAGUUUAUCCAUGGAUGGCUGAUCAUGUCCUCAAUGAUGUUGCUGUUUCUCUUCACCUACAUCUACCUCGGAGAAGUGCUCAAGACCUACAAUGUGGCCAUGGACUACCCCACCCUCCUCCUGACCGUGUGGAACUUCGGGGCAGUGGGCAUGGUGUGCAUCCACUGGAAGGGACCCCUGAUGCUGCAGCAGGCUUACCUCAUCAUGAUCAGCGCACUCAUGGCCUUGGUGUUCAUCAAGUACCUCCCCGAGUGGUCAGCGUGGGUCAUCCUGGGGGCCAUCUCUGUGUAUGAUCUUGUGGCUGUGCUGUGCCCCAAAGGGCCACUGAGAAUGCUGGUGGAAACGGCCCAGGAAAGGAAUGAACCCAUAUUUCCUGCUCUGAUAUACUCAUCUGCCAUGGUAUGGACAGUGGGCAUGGCCAAGCUGGAUACCUCCUCUCAGGGAGCCCUGCAGCUCCCCUUUGACCCCGAGAUGGAGGAAGACUCCUAUGAUAGUUUUGGAGAUCCCUCAUACCCUGAAGUCUUUGAACCACCGCUGCCUGGCUAUCCUGGGGAAGAGCUGGAGGAAGAGGAAGAAAGGGGCGUGAAGCUCGGCCUCGGGGAUUUCAUCUUCUACAGUGUGCUGGUGGGCAAGGCAGCCUCCACGAGCAGCGGGGACUGGAACACCACACUGGCCUGCUUUGUGGCCAUCCUCAUCGGUUUGUGUCUGACCCUACUGCUGCUCGCCGUGUUCAAGAAGGCACUGCCCGCACUCCCUAUCUCCAUCACCUUCGGGCUCAUCUUCUACUUCUCCACAGACAACCUUGUGCGCCCUUUCAUGGAUACCUUGGCCUCCCAUCAGCUCUACAUCUGACAGAGGCUCCACAGGCCGGAAGCUUAGGAGAUGUAACUGAAUGCAGUUCGAUAGUUUUACACUCUAGUGCCAUAUCCAUAUAUUUUUGAGACUUUUUCCUUUAAAAAAAAAAAAAAAAAAAAUAUAUAUAUAUAUAUAUAUAUAUAUAUAUAUAUAUAUAUAUAUAUAUAUGAGAAUUAAAAAGCAUUGUGUUUACUUCGAGAAGAGGAAGAAGCAGCUUUUUGGUGCUAGUUGUCCUGUCCCUGGACCUUGGCACCCCUUUCAGGAGCGUUGGCUUCAGCGACAGGAAGCAGGAAGUGGAACCCCAGGAGGGAAGAAAGUUGGGGACACAGGGAGGGGUGUGAAGACUUCCAGCUCUGGGCUACUAGAGAGCUGAUAUGAGGAACCUGCACUCCUUUUCGAGGUACAUGUGAUCAUGCUGGAUGGCACUUAGCAUUGGGUCACCGUGGCUGGAGAAGAAAAGGCAAUUUUCUCUGCAAGGAAUAUUCCCAACGCUUUUGUCUAUGGUGUCAUCAUUAUUUUAUUACCUUAAGAAACAGUCCUAUUCUUGUCCCAGUAAUUACUGCUGGAAAGUGGCUUAAUAUUAUUGUCAAUAAAUAGAUAAAUCGUGUUGAA